AUGAAGCAAGAUUUGUUUAGAUACCUACCAUCAGAAAUCUUCACCGACAUUUUAUUGAGACUCCCUCUUCAAACCACUGCAACUUGCAAGUGCGUUUGCAAACCAUGGCUCGAUCUCAUUGAGAGUGACGCUUUUCUCGAGUCCCAUUUUUCUAAAUCCGCCCCGGUCCUGGCUGUCUCGAUGCCAGCUACCGAUUCAAACAGGUUCCAUAUUUUCAAAAUGGAAGAAGACAAGCACGAUCUCAUCACCAAGUUUGAUUUCCCCCAAGCCUCAACGAUACGAGGCUCUGCCAACGGCCUGCUUCUUCUCAAAAACCCUUUCAUCGACCAUCUCUACGUGUGCAACCCCAUCACCCGUGAAUUUGUCGUCCUCCGUGGGCGCCUUACUUGCCCCAGGGGAGACUGUUAUGGAUUUGGAGUGAGCAGAAUAAGCGGACAGCAUAAGGUAGUGUACCUUAACCCUGAAUACGGAUGCCAUGUAUACACUCUCGAAAAAGGUGCUUUGUGGAGACGUGUUGAAACUCCUAUCCCCUCGUUCGCUCGUUGCUACGGCUCCACCGCUGCAUUUGUUAAUGGUAAUCUACACUGGCUAGUUUCAGAUGACUGUGAUUACACCGCGGGGUCUUAUAUUUGUUGUUUUGAUGUCGAGACGGAAAGUUUUAGCACUAUUCCUUUGCCCUUUAUAAAAUGGGGAAAGUUGUAUGCUUUGGGGGAUUGCUUGUGUUUUAUUUUAGACUGUUAUAUUAGAGGAGGAUCUUUUGAUCCUUAUGUUAUCUGGUUGUUUGAGGGGUAUAAAUGUUGGAGGAAUGUACAUAUCAACAUGCAUGUUAUUUCUCUCAAAGUUUGGGCUCAACAUGCCGCGGAUUAUCUUCGUCCUAUCAAAGUUUACGAAAAUGGUGACAUGUUCAUGGUAUGGAAGGAGAAGCGCUUUAUAUACUACACCAACAAGAGUAAAACUUUUAGAAAAGUUGAUUUGUUUAGUGAAUUGCAGAAUGAUCGUUACUAUAUCAACUCCAUUCUUUUUACUCCAAGUUUACUAUCACUCAAAAGAAAUUUGGGUAUGGAGAAUGUAAUGUCAUUUUAG